AUGAAGUAUCACCUGCAGAUCGUCGGGCCGGCGCUCCCCGGGCACUCGCCCUCGGUGCUGGUUCACUUUGACGACCAGCGAUAUCUCUUCAACUGCCCCGAGGGCCAGCAGCGCAUCGGAUACGAGCACAAGAUCAGGCUGAAGAAGCUCAAGAGCAUUUUCCUCACCCGCGUGGCAUGGGAGUGUGUCGGUGGUCUCCCUGGAAUGAUUUUGACCCUGGCCGACUCGGGCAGUAAGAACAUCGCCAUCCACGGGCCAGAGAAUCUCACCCACUUCCUGGCGGGAACCCGGCACUUUAUCUACAGAUCGGCAAUCUCGGUGGAGACACACGAAUUUCAUCGAGUCGGCUCGGAGUACAAGGACAGGAAUCUGGUCGUCUCUCCGGUCUACGCCUGCCCUUCGGAUGAUCUGGAGUCGCUGUGCCCGAUAGCGGAUCCGGUUGCCGUCGAGCCCAAGGCUCUCCGGCGGAAUCGAUCAGCAAGCCCGCUCCGUGUCGAUACAGCCCUGGGUCAGGAUCAAGAUGUCAAUCUGACGAUUGCAGCCGGGUCAUCCGAGAGCGUCACGAUCACACCCGUCGAUGUGGCCUUGCCGCCUGUUUGGGACUCGGAACGAAUGGGCGCCGAACGGCUUCCGCGUGUGGCCCGCAGCCAUGUCGCCAUCACUUACAUCUGCCAGGGCCCGGAGAAGCCUCGGAAGUUCAAUCCAGCGGCGGCCCGCAAGCUCGGCGUUCAGCCAGGGCCAGACUUUGGGCGCCUGACCAAAGGCGAAUCCGUCCAAACUGCCACAGGCACCACGGUGACACCCGACCAAGUCAUGAUCGGCGACCCCAAACCCGGCGCUGUAUUCUGUAUUGUCGACUGCCCGUCCAAACGCUACAUUAACUCCCUCCUCGCCUCGGCCGCCUGGAGCGCUUAUGGCGCCGAGGGGCCAAAGAAGAUGCAUCUGAUGGUUCACAUCAUUGGCGACGACGUCCUGGACGACGAGCGGUACCAAGCCUGGAUGCGAUCGUUCGGCUCCGAGACAGAGCACAUCAUCCUCAACAAGCAGUACAACGAAGCACGGGUGCCCUGUUGCGCCUCGGGUGUCAUCCAAUACUCGUUGAACCAGAUUGACAGCCAAAUAUUCCCUCUCCCUCAUCACUGCACAACCGCAGAGCUGGAUCUUGGAAGCGUGCCCACUUUGCCGGCCAAGACAAGGGCCGGCUACCUGCUUCAGAGUUAUCAAUUUGAGCCUGAUGCACGAUACCUUAGCGACAUCGUGCCUGUUGACUACCUCGAGCAGGCCAAGAAAGCGCCUCUUUCGCAAAGCGUGGCUGAAUCCAUCGAGUGUCUUCGAGCAAAGGUAGACGAGGCCCAACAAGCGAGGCAAAACUCUGAUGACAGCGCCGAAGCUUCCCCUGAAAGAAAGCCCUUGACCGUAACAACCCUUGGAACAGGCUCCGCCAUCCCAGGAAAAUACCGAAACGUGAGCUCCACUCUCGUCAAGAUGUGCGAUGGCAAAUAUAUCCUCCUUGAUGGAGGCGAGGGCACGCUGGGCCAGCUCUUCCGAUCGCUGGGACCAUCACGACUCCAGAGCAUGCUGCGCUCUCUGCGGUGCAUCUUUGUAUCGCACCUGCAUGCCGACCAUCAUCUCGGCAUCAUCAACAUUCUAAGAGCCUGGAAAGAGGAUCGCGCAACAUACGAAACGUUCGAUACGCCGUUCCUGUACAUCAUUGCGCCACAGCAGUUUUUUGUUUGGCUGAAGGAGUAUUCCGAUUGCGAGGACUUUGGUCUCGAAGAUACUCGCUUCAUUACCUCAGAGUCGAUCCGAUGGGGCUGCAAGAAACGCGAGAGGCCGCCAAACGAGACUAUUGUUCCUUCGCUGAUGGCGGCCAUGUCACUCAAGUCGAUCAACACUGUCGGCGUGCACCACUGUCCGUCCGCAUAUGCGAUCACCCUGGAGCAUCAGUCCGGCGACAAGAUUGUAUUCUCGGGCGACUGCCGGCCGAGCGCCGACCUGGCCGAGGCUGGCCAAAACGCAACUGUCGUCAUUCACGAGGCUACGUUUGAGGAUGACAAGCGCGAAGAAGCGGUGGCUCGCAAGCACUGCACAACCACCGAAGCGAUCGAAGUGGCGAUCGAGAUGAAUGCCGAGAGACUGCUGCUGACUCAUUUCUCGCAGCGAUAUCCCAAAGUGCCGUACAUCCCACUCUCGAUCGUGCCCAAGGAUCACAGGCUCGAGAUCGGGGUCGGGUUUGAUCUGAUGCGUGUGCAGUCUGCAAACUUUUGGAAGCUGCCUCUGAUGAGCGACGCCAUCAACCUGCUCUUCAGGGAGAUGGUUGAGGAGGACGAGCCGGAAAUAUAG